AUGCAUCCGACGGGAACUCUUUCAAUUUUAAAAAUCCAACUAGUCGAUUAUAAGCAGGUGAUGAUCGAAAUACAUAGCGUUGCAAACGGUUCUCGAAUACAGUUCGCUUUUAACCACAUCAUUGAAGCUUCACCAAAUGAAAAUCAAGGAUACAUUCAUCUUGGUCUCGCGUAUGAUCAAGAGAAAAACCUCAAUUUGUUCAUCGAUGGCGAGUAUAGUGAGUCAAUUCCUUGCUCUCCUUUGUCUGAAAUGAUUGGGCAGUGGAGCUCAAUCUGUAUUGGCCCAGUAUUGGAAUCGAGUGAAUUCGGUAAAGUUAACAGAGACGAAUUGCUUUUGAAAGAUUUGGUUAUUUUCAACCUGAACCUUUCUUACGAAUGGGUUGCAUUGAUAUUUUGCUUAGGAAUCGGCUACAAUUGGAAUUACAAGGAAUUCUCUCGUGAGAACAUUAUCAGCAUUCUCAAUCAUAUGAGUCACAAAGCAUUGGUUAAGAUGGGCUUCAAGGUAAACGAUAUCAUUCACUCAAAUUCUCACGCCAGACUUUCAAAAUUCAAACCUUCAAAACAGUCAGGUCCAUUCUUUUCCUCUACAACAAAAAAUUCUAGCAAUGGCACUGCUGACAAGAAGACAAUAGUGAAUGUAUUAUUCAAGUCCAUGCCUAAGAUGUCUCAUAUUCGCUUUGAUACAAGUGAAAUUAGUUUCCUGGAAAAAAUGGAGAACGCAUCAAGUCUGAGAGUUCUUGUACAUCAAUCGGAAAGUAUACAUGGCGCUUUGUACUCAUUAGGUGGUUCUGGGCUACUAUUGACCUUGAUUGAAGUUCUCACAAAAGCUGAAUACAGAUCAGCUCAGACAAGGAACGAGAUAUUCUUACAAUCAGUUGAUUUACUUUUAGAGUGUCUUUUGAGUGACUGGAGGCUUGAUAAGGAGUUCGAGAAUAAUGAUGGCUAUGACAUUUUGGCCAUAAUUCUUUCUUACUUUAAAGAUAACUUCAAUCCAAAAUUGAUUUUCGAGACAAAGACGACUAGUUAUUUUAGCGACAGGGAAUCAUCAGAACUUUCAAUUCCUGCGACUUCUGCUUUUGAGAGAUGUCAUGGGCUUUUGCAAAGAUUUUUGGUGUUUGUCGGCUGCCGUCAAGGAAACGAACAAGAGUCACUCAUAUACAAUUCUGUGGCUUAUCGCUCACUUGUCCUAAACCUAGACUUCUACUCAGGCACUUCGGAUUUUUGCAUUCUCCAUGCGCAUUUACAAGCUUUAAUCAGUAAAGGCAAGUUUGCUACUUUCAAUGUGAAGCAGCUUUCAAAAAUGAAGCUUUUGAGAAGGCUUAUACAACACAUCAAACUUCAAAUACUAGAGGGAAAGAUGCUGGGAGAGGAGAUUGAACAUCUAUCAACGACAUUGAAUACAGUAAUCUGUCAUGAUGUGAGCGUUGAAACGAUUCGUUCCAUCUCAAGGUUCAUCAUAUUUACAUUAUUCCAUACGGCUGAAUAUGGUUCCCGAGAAAUUGGCGUAUCUGCACUUCAAACCCUUACGGACGAGUUAUGCAAACCUUCAUCGUCGAUUAAAUCUCUCAAGAAGUUUUCAAGGUCUAUUACCAUUCACUGGAUAUUGCUAUUGUUGAGUUACCCGAAUGAUCAUACACAGCUUUCGAAAGGAGUUGUUUGCAGCGGUUUGCAGUCUUUGGCCAAGCUUUUAAGAGUUUUAGGACCUCAUAUUAUCAAGCGAUUCUUCCAUGGUAACAAUGGCCUUAAUGUUCUUACCCAUUUCUUGAAAAAUUGGUGGGAUACCGACGAAGUAACAUGUUUACUUUUUGAAGCCAGUUUUGGUUAUGAUGUUCAGGGUCCAAUGAAUCCAGAUAUAUCUCUUGUUAAAUUAGCAAAGGAUGAUUCUUUGACUGCGAAACCUAACAAGCUCCUCAUACCUGAAUUCUUGCUUAUUUUGAAUAACAUGGCCCUUACAGGAAUGUACGUUUUGAGUCUGAAGCACGGAAGAAUAUUGAGUGUUCCCAGCUCUCCUAUGAAAGGAUCGAAAGCAACUGAAUUUCCCCAUGAGGAAAUUUCCCAUUUAUCUAGCAAUGUAUUGCAUUUUAUCAAUCAAUACGCAGAUAUGAUCGAAAUUGGGAACGGGAACUCCAUAGCUUUACAGAAGUUCUUUUUUGGUAAGGAAUGGCUUGAAGGAGCAUUUGAGCUCCUUGGCCAUUUACGGCUUUCUCUUACAUGGCUAUCGCUGUCUCUAGUUCGGGAAUUUGAGCUGAGCACUGCGAAGUUUGUGUCAGUUUUGAGCCAGAUUUUCAUAGCAAAGCUUUCCAAAAUGAAAGAGCUUCUAGAAAUGUUAAGGUCAUUAAGUGACAUAACCACAAAGAUUGCAUUGGACUCAAUCUUUCCCAAAAUCUUUGAACACGUGAACGAAUACAUGAGCAGUUCAAAAUUCAUUUUCAACGAGAAGAUCUUUCUUGAUGGAAUCUUGGACUUAAUCUACUACCACUAUAAGGAGUUCGUGGAAGCGAACUUCUACGUUAGCACUACAGAUCUAGAAACCUUUAGCGAUUGCAUUGUUGCGGUACUUGAAGUUGCAUCCAACAACAGGACCGAUCAUAACUCUCACAAACUAGGUGCAAUUUUGGGACGCACAAUUGUAAUUCAGCUAUCGCAGCUCUCUUACUGCAGUACGGGGACGUUGGAAGAAGAAGAGGGAGAAGAAGAAGAAGAAGAAGAAGAAGAAGAAGAGGAGAUCGAAAAUAACUUCGCAAAGCAAUUUGACGAACGAGUGAAGCUGAUCUUACUUAAGCAAGUGAUAUUGAUGAAGGAUGGGAUCCUUUCAAACUCGUACUUAGCAAGUAUCAUCGAACUAUUAAUGGGUAACUUCCUUAAACUUCAAGUUGUGAAUGAAGUGGCUUUCUCGGAACAUUUUUUGAAUUUCAUGAGAACCUCUUACAUUUGCCGGCAGGAGUCAUUUGACGAUGUUAUUAAUGAAAUUUGCAGUGUAUCUGAUUAUGCUAACUCGAAUGAAGUUGUUAAUGAGUUUUUUCAUACCUUGAUUUCGAAAAAUGAUGAAGAAUCGAUUAGGCACUUGCAAAAACUUCCGACAUUGAAACACAUUUUCAAUAAAAAAUUCCAUUUUCGAGUAACAAAGUUAAAGGAAACUGGUACAUUGAAAGUGAUAGAUAUGAUCUCGGUAAUGCUCAACAAUGGCGGCAGGUUAGGCUACAUGAAUGAUGUUUACAUCAAAAGUUUUACAAAGGAUUGUGAAACACUCAGAACGCUGGCGAUAAAUACUGAGCUCACUAAUUUCAAUAGAGAGUUACUGGAUAAACAAGAGAAUGACCUGAUAUCUCUUAAUUUGUUCAACUCCAUGAAAAUGGAAAUAUUUAGAUCCUUUUUUGGCUCUUUCGCUAAGAGGAGCGAUUACAUUUUGGAUUACAUUGAAGGUGUUGAUAGAAUGAGAAAACUACUAGUUGUUGAAGCACAACUUGCUGAUUCAGAAAAGUUGACUUACAAUGUGUCCGUACCCUUAAAGCCUAUAUCUACUCAAGGCGCAGAACUAAAUGAUUUCGAUGACUGUGGGGUUGCAUUUUCAGAAUCUGGAUUAGACUCCUUACAUUUAUCAGAUAUCACUCUUGGGACUUUAGACGUCGAUUUCGAUGACAGCGAAGAAGUUGUGGAUAAUGAAGAGCAAAACGCAGUCUCUGUCUAUGAAGAUCGGAACAGAAAAGUCCUUCGCAGCUUGUACAUGGGUGACCAAAUUCAAGCUUUGUGGAAUGUUUCUCGGAUAAAUGGUCUAGAUGCAGUGGAAAGUUUGAUGAUUUUGGGCUUCACUCACUUAUACUUGAUAGAGAACUACUUCCAUUGCUCAGAUGGGAACGUGGUAGAUAUAGAUGAGGCGUCUCCAGACUUGCGUGACCCAUACCUUCAGUUAAUCAAGGCCACGACCAAAACUGGGCUUAAGUCGCAUCGUGUGAGCAGCUUGAGCUUGGAUUCCCUUGGCUCCAUAUCAAGAAGAAAAUUUUUGUUGCGGGAUCUUGCUUUGGAAAUGUUUUUCGAUGAUGGUGCAAGUAUUCUAAUCACCUGCUUGUCGUCGAAGCAGAGAGAUUCCAUCCACAACAGCUUAUCUCCGUAUGCAACGAAGAAAGGAUUGGAUAAAGAAUUUGCAACCACGUUGGAAGUAUCAUCGAACCUUCUGCAUAACUCAGGUCUGUCCUCAUUUUCAGGACUUUUCUCCACGUCUAGGUUGGCUGCGGCAUUCUCACACAACUUUAACAGUCCAUCAUCGCUAUCAGCCACCAAAAAAUGGAGGAUGGGGGAAAUGUCUAACUUUUACUAUUUGAUGACCCUCAAUACUAUGGCUGGAAGAACAUUUAAUGAUUUAACACAGUAUCCAGUAUUUCCAUGGGUUAUUGCUGAUUAUGAGAGUGAAGAGUUGGACCUUUCUGACCCCAAAUCUUUCCGAGACCUUUCAAAGCCUAUGGGGGCUCAAACAGCUGAUAGAGCGCAACAGUUUAGAGAGAGAUAUGAGGCAUUGCUGAGUCUCAAUGAUCCAAAUACUCCUCCUUUUCACUAUGGUACGCAUUAUUCUUCAGCGAUGAUUGUUGCAUCCUAUUUAAUCCGUCUCAAACCUUACGUCCACUCGUAUCUAUUAUUGCAAGGGGGAAAGUUUGACCAUGCGGAUAGACUUUUCAACUCUAUCGAGAGAGCUUGGGAUUCGGCCUCUAGGGACAAUACAACGGAUAUUCGUGAAUUAAUUCCCGAAUUCUUCUACCUCCCGGAAUUUUUAACCAAUAUCAAUAAUUUUGAAUUUGGAAAACUUCAAAGUGGCGAGUCCAUUGGUGACGUUGCUUUACCAAAAUGGGCAAAGGGCGAUCCUAAGAUUUUCAUCGCUAAAAAUAGGGAAGCACUUGAAAGUCCUUACGUUUCCGCGAACUUGCACAAGUGGAUUGAUUUGAUUUUUGGUUACAAACAAAGCGGACCAGAAGCUGUCGAAGCACUUAACGUUUUUCAUCAUCUGUCCUAUGAGGGUGCUGUUGAUCUAGAUCAUAUUAAGGAUGACUUGGAGAAGCGAGCUGUUAUUGGAAUGAUUAACAAUUUUGGUCAAACACCAGCUAAAUUGUUUAUCAAGCCUCAUCCAGCAAAAGAGAUUCUUAAUCUUCCCAGUUUGUAUCUUACGCUACUUGAUUUGAACAAAAAUCAACCGAAUUUGUCGUUUGAGUCCAAACUAAAUCUACCAAUUGCAAAAUUGGAAAUCAGUUCCAAGACAGGCAAAUGGAUUGGCAGACCAUGGUGUGUUUCUUCAGAAGAUGAUCUCCUUAUAAGAAAGCCCUCGCCACUGCAGUCAAAAUUUUUCUGUGGGUCCUUGAUUAUCAAUACAGUUUUGUUCAUGAACCUCCAUUCUGCAAACAUAACUACUUUGGCCCAGAUUGGAAACAAAAGAUUUGUCACUGGUUCGUCUGAUGGAGCUAUUCAUGUAUGGAAGUGCACCCUAAAACCGACAACAAGUGUUCUCUAUCAACAUACAUUAAGGGGUCAUUUCAGUGCUAUUCACCAGUUUCAUUAUAGCAAAACAUUUAAGGUGUGCCUUAGUGUCGAUACCGAUGGAUGCAUGAUUCUUUGGGAUUUCACACGGUUCAAGUUUGUGAGAAAAAUCUCCUCUCCAACCUCAUCUGAUCAUGUCAAAGUGAAUGUUUCUAUUUCAAAUGAUACGGGAAAUAUUUGUACCGUUUACAGCACCAUGUACUCGAACAUACUCACUCUUUACACCUUGAAUGGCGAUAUGAUCAUACAAAAAGCGAUCGCACCAGGUCCAGUUUCUGCCGUAUCAAUUGCCAGUUUUUCCGAUGCAUUGAUUGACUCACCUCGACAGGAAUUAUGUCAUAAGUACUGGUCUAGUGAAGUAGUUUUCGUUUGCUACGCCACAGCAGGCAAAAAUCUACAGAUACACGAGUUGACAGUUGGACUCAAAGAUUGGAAGCUAACUAUACUUCAAGAGGUUGAUCUCAAGUCCCAUAUAAAGGGAGAUGUAUCAUGCAUGCAAGCCUUGAAGGUAUCGGAAACAGACCACGAGGAGAAGAUCAAUCGUGGCAGAUUUCAAGUCAUCAUUGGUGAUUCUGCGGGAUGCGUGUAUACUUUCUAG